AUGAAGACGGCACGCCUCGCUUGCUGCGUUGCCCUCGCUACGUUGUCCGCCGUUCCCCUCGUCCUGGCGAGCCGGCGAACUCUAGAGCUGCCUGCCUCCCUGGAGUAUGAACUUGUACACUGCGGCUUAUACAUUUACGCCUCCGCUCUCGCUGUGGGACAUCUGUUAUCUCGGAAGCACAGCUCAGCGUUCGCAUCACAUUUAGUUAUAGUCACCUUCUUGGCGCUUGCCGUAUCCGCAGGUCGCAACGUUGUCCCGUUGUUUGUCAUAGGAGGUGUGCCUGCUGAUCUGGCGACGCAAGGUGUUCUUCUCUGGGCCAAGAUUGUCUUGCUUUUUGAGAUCUCCGUCAUGAUUCCGCUGGUCCUCCCGCACUACGACCCAUCCAUCCCGAAUCCAAACGACGAACAACGCAGUAGCCUGCUAGCUUACUGUUUGUUCGCAUGGCUAGACGUCACCAUAUCGAAGGCCUCACGGACAUCUCAUCUUUCGCACAACGAGCUACCGUCACUUGCUGAGGAUAACCGUGCGCGAAGUCUGGUGGAGCGCAGCUUCUCGUACAUCGAUCCUCUCAAAGUAAGGUCAGACAGACACAUUAUUUGGGGCCUUCUGCUGUUCUAUCCACCUCACGGUUCAUCGCAGGCUGUCGUACCCCUCGCUACGCCCAUCGCACUUCGAAACUUGCUUAACGUCCUGGAAACUGGCGGGGAGCACUCUCGGUAUGAGCCGUGGACCUGGAUCGUCCUCAUGUUCAUUGGCUCCUCGAUCUCCACGUUGGCGGAUCAGUGGUACAUUUGGAUUGUGCAUCGUCAACAUGUCAAGACACAAGUCAUUCUCACUGAGCUCAUCUUUCAGCACGCGCUGCGCAUCCGCGUCAAGGCCGAGACUUCGGCUGCUGACGGAUCGACAGCCAGGAGUGCCAAUCUGUCAGGGAGGUUGAAUAACCUUGUCACGAGCGACAUAGAGAACCUUAAGGUCGCAAACCAUACCGCUAAACAUCUGUUGGCAGUAAUCAAGUGGCCUUUGCAGAUGAUCGCUGCAGUCUUGCUGCUCUACCGCAUCUUGGGAUGGAGCAUUUUUGUAGGAAUUGGGGCCAUGUUUAUAAUGCUCCCUUUUCCUACAUAUGUCACCGACUUCGUGCGCAAGUAUCAAGCAAUGAUGAUGGUAAAGAUGGACGCACGUGUGCAGUUAAUCAGCGAGACACUUGGAAUCGUGCGAAUGAUCAAGCUUUUCGCUUGGGAACACCACGUUGCCGAGAAGAUAACUCGCCGAAGGGAUGAGGAGCUCGUUGAGCUGCAGAACUCGCGGAUGAUGAUCCUUCUCAGCAGGCAGUCUACGUUCAGCAUUCCGCUUCUUGUCAUGUUGUUGACGUUUGCAAGCUUUGCACUCCUCCAAAAGGGUGAACUCACGCCAUCUCGUGUAUUCCCUGCGCUGUCAGCGUUUAUCAUGCUCCAGAACCUACAACUACUCUUCGGCAACUUGCCUAGCGUUCUUCGAGGCAAGUUGUCCAUUGAUCGCAUCAACGACUUUUUGCAUGAGACGGAGCUCCUCGACGAGUUUGAGGACCCCCCAGUACCAGGAGAAGACAGAUUCAUCGCCUCCGACGCCGACAUCGACAUCGGCAUCAAUCACACUCACUUCACAUGGUCGUCUUCCGUGCCCGGCAGCGGCGCUCAGACUCCAGUCGACCCGACAUCCUCUACCACCCCUGAUCUGCGGCGCUUUUCUCUCCGCAUCGACGAGCCCCUUCGAUUCAAGCGCGGGGCGAUCAACCUCAUCAUCGGCCCGACUGGGUCGGGAAAGACCUCGCUGCUCAUGGCCCUCCUCGGAGAGAUGCACGCGCGUCCCUCCGAGCCCGGAGUAGGGACGUGCGUGAAGCUGCCGAGGGACGGUGGUGUCGCGUACGCGGCGCAGGAGAGCUGGAUACAGAGCGAGACGAUUCGGGACAAUAUUCUCUUUGGGCUGCCUUUCGACGAAGUCAGGUAUAAGAUGGUGAUCAAGCAGUGCGCGCUUGAACGCGACCUCGCCCUCUUUGCGGCGGGAGACAUGACAGAGGUUGGAGAGAGGGGGAUCACGCUGAGUGGUGGACAAAAAGCUCGGAUCACGCUUGCGCGAGCCGUGUAUUCGAAAGCGGAGAUUCUGCUCCUUGACGACGUACUUGCCGCCCUCGACGUCCAGACGGGUCGUUCCAUCGUCGAUCAGUGCUUCAUGGGCGAUCUCGUCCGCAACCGCACUGUCAUCCUCGUUAGUCACAAUGUUGCUCUCACGCGCCCCAUCGCUGGUUUCGUCGUCGCCCUCGGUAGCAACGGCCGUAUCGCCAGCCAAGGGUCGCUCGACAAGGCACUUGAAGACGACCAAGAACUCAUGGAAGAGCUCAAAGCGGACGUCAAUGCUCUUGUCAAAGCAGACCAGGAUCUAGACAGCCAGAAUGUUGCAGACGGUACGGCCGAACAGAGUAGUAACGGAAAACUCUUCGCUGCCGAGGAGAUUAGUCGAGGCACAGUCGGAUGGGAUACCAUGAGACUGUACUUUUUGAAUGCGUCGCGGUCACCGUGGAUCUUUUGGUUGACCUAUCCGACGUUGAUUGCUCUGACGCACUCGAUGUUCAACCUUCUCGAAUGGGUUCUAGGUCUCUGGGCUUCGCAGUAUGAGACUCAUGAGCGAAGCGAAGUUCACGUGGGAUACUACGUCUCAUACUAUCUGGGAGUUCUGCUCGCAGGAUCAACUGCAUACGCAAUUGGCUGGUACAUGGUCACAAUGAGCUCCCUGCGAGUAUCUACGAUCGUUCAUCAGCAAUUAAUCAAGUCGGUCCUUGGCACCACGCUACGUUGGCUAGAUAAGACUCCCACAUCACGUAUUGUCGCGCGCUGCACCGCGGACAUCCACACCGUCGAUACCGCCGUCUAUCUUGCGAUUCACCAUCUCACUGAGCACACUGUGUUCAUGCUCACCAAGCUCGUGGCGGUCACCGUGGUCAUCCCUGUGUUUGUAAUACCCGCGGCUCUGUUUGCGGCCAUCAGCAGUACGUUCAGUCGGAGCUACAUGCGUGCGGAGCUGCCGAUCAAGCGCGAGAUGAGCAACGCACAGGCGCCGGUUCUCGGGCACUUCAGUGGGGCCAUGGCUGGCCUUGUGUCAAUUCGCGCAUACGGUGCUCAAGAAGCGUUCAAGCUGGAGUCCUAUAGACGCUUGGACUAUUACAGCCGCGCGGCCUUUCCGUUCAAUGCGCUCACUCGAUGGAUCACCGUACGCGUCAACCUUCUAGGAAUAGUCUUGACGACUGCGCUAGCGACCUACCUGACAUACGUGGCCUCGAUCGGUGCCGCGAGCACCGGUUUCUCGAUGUCUAUGGCCAGUAAGUAUUGUAUGGCAUACAUGUUUCAUUCUGCGCAUUUUCCUGACUAUCUGCACAGCGUAGAACGUAUCCGACAGUAUUUGGAGAUAGAACAGGAACCGAAAUCCACCAAGUCUGGUGUGCCGCCUGCGUACUGGCCUGCAAGCGGGGAGUUGCGAGUCGAGAACCUUUCAGCGAGGUAUACCCCUGACGGUCCGAAGGUCUUGCACGACCUGUCGUUCCAAGUCAAGUCCGGUGAACGCAUUGGCAUCGUCGGACGCACGGGCAGUGGCAAGAGCUCGCUCACCCUGUCGCUCCUUCGCGCCAUCUACACCGAAGGCAGCGUGUUCUACGACGGCCUCGCCACCGACGCUCUCAACCUCGACGCGCUCCGCUCCAACGUCACCAUCAUCCCUCAGGUGCCUGACCUACUCAGCGGCACGCUCCGCCAGAACCUGGACCUCUACGACGAGUACUCCGACGUGACACUGAACGACGCGCUGCGCUCGGCGGGUCUCUUCGCACUGCAGGAACGCGGCACUACGAGUUCGAGCGAUGGGCACAUCGACGGCGGGGACGGCGCACGGCUCACCCUUGACUCUGAGAUUGCCGGUGGGGGAGGGAACCUUUCUGUUGGUCAAAGGCAGAUCAUUGCGCUCGCGCGGGCGAUCGUACGGCGCAGCAAGCUGCUCAUUUUGGACGAAGGUGUGUUUUCAUCCCAUCACUACGAGACGGACGCGAUCAUCCAGAAGUCACUCCGAGAGGAACUGGGGAAGGAUGUGACGGUGCUCACUGUGGCGCACCGUCUCCAAAGCAUCAUGGACGCCGACAAGAUUAUGGUUCUUGAUGCGGGUCGGAUUGUUGAAUUCGACAGUCCAAGCAUACUGCUGGGGAAGAGUGAUGGGUAUUUCCGUGGGCUGGUGGACGGAAGUUUGGAUCGACACACGCUUUAUGCUAUGACAGGCGCCACCGCUUGA